GUUAACAUCCUAUUUUCAUGUAGAGCGACAAUCAUUUCACUCCGGAGAGAAAGUUUACGAACAAUAGUUUGAUUUACUUAUACGUGGGCAUAGAGUUUUCAAAUGAACAUACCGAUGCGCCGACAUCCCAGUUUUGUGAACCCAUCUGAUAGGAUGUAAAACGUUCGUGUUCAAUGGAGUACGGUAGUCCGACUGAUUGUUAGAAGCGUCAUUGGAAACGUUGUUUCGAUUGAAAUACUUAUAUUUAUAUGUCAAUAAAAUUAGCAGAACGCGCAACAUACCUGAAAAAUAUCUAGCUAACAGAAAAGGAACGUUUAUUAAAAAUGAGGAGAAAAAGCGAAAGAAAUAAAGCAAAAGGGACUCCGGAGAAGGAAGUUGGAAAGCCAACUAGAAAGUCAACACGUAGACGAGUGAAAAGAACACAUUCUAUGUCACCAGAGCAAGAAAAUGUAGAGGAAACAGCAAAAAAUAUCAGUGAUAAAGAAGUAGAGAAGAAGUCAACUGCGCUUACACAGCAAAAGAAGCAGUUGGAGGAUACGGUAGAAGACUGUGUUGAAACAGUUUCAUCCACAGAAACAGAUGUCAAGAUGAAAUCUGAAGAAAAUGAAGAAGACAACGACGGUGGAUCAGUUUGGAAAGUGGCGAGAGCAGAUGCAUCGCCUGGCGAGAUACAGAAGCUGAAGUUAUGUAGACAACAUAACACAACAGAAGCAUCGUCUGAUACUUCUUUGGGUAGGAAAAAAUUGAACAAGUGGCAGGAAAGUGGUGAGGGAGUUGCGGAGGAGGCUGACUCGGCAGAAGAGCAACUGGUUUCUUGUACAAGAACGCUCAGUAGCACUGAACAGCCGAACGAUCCCUCCUCUUCAUACCCAGGUCAGGACUCCAACGAAGAGGUAAGUGAUAGCAAGGAGAUCCUGCCUGAAACCACUUCAGCCAACUUGUCUGACGAUAAACCAAACAUAGAUCAGCAAGGUGAAUCAAAAGAGGCAAAUAUCCCCAACGAAAACGCUGAUAACGAACCCAUUCAGUCGAGUAGCACAACUGUAUCAGCUCCUAGAUCAAAUGGCGAUCACUCACCCGAGGAGACAAAUCUUAUGACAAAGGAAGAAAAAUCUGUGGAAGAUACCAGCGAAAAGUCAGCAGAACUGUUUAGUAAAGAAGUUAAUGUUGAAAACAUUCAAAAAGAUACUAGUACCGACGAGGAAGAUGAGAAAGAAAAAAUUCGUGAAGAGAAUUCUUCAUCCGAAUCAAAUGACGACGUUCAGAGUGCAAGAGGUAACAGGGCUAGUGGGAGAAUAUCGUGCACUAGUCGUAGAAAGCAUCGGACCAAGUAUCGAGAUUCAUCUAAUUCCGAUACACCAGAUUCAGAGGAUGAACCUCCUGUUAAAAGAGACAUCGAAAUGGAUUCUUACAUGCAAGAAGAGAAAGUAACUGUAGAGGACUCACAUAAACCGAAAGAUCGUUCAGUAUCACCGAAACCAAGAAACAAUACUUUAAUAAAUAAUGUGGAAACCGAAACUGAGCAUAUUGAAGAAAAUAAUCAGAAGUUAGAUUGUCUAAAUGAAAAAACUGAAUAUUCUGCAACAGCUGUGGCUCAGUCAGUGACUUUUAAGCCCGUGAAAGUAAACUUGAAAAGAUCAUUUUCCGCGAGAAUGUUAACGGAGAAGAACGAUGGCAAAAAAGAAGAUACCGAUGUGACUGCAAAUAAUGAAACAGUUGUAUCGAAUAAGGAAAAUCACGAUAAUGCCGAUCAAGAAUCAAAAUGUGUUCCAAGAAAACGUCGAUGGGGCACUGCAUUGUCUACCGAUACCACGCCUUCCUUUUCAAUAUCUACAGAUUCAUUGAAAGCAUUGGUACCAGGAGCGAGACCACUGUCGAUAAACGAGGUCCGUCUGUCAAAAGAUGACGACGAAGACAGAGAUCGUUUUCGAACCAAUGAAAAGUGGUACAACUCUAAUGAAGGAACAAAUGAUAAUAAAUCUGAUAAUGAAAGUGUCACGCAAAAGAACGGUGUCGCGAAAAAAGGAGAUGGAAAGAUCGAUAAUCAUAUAGCAGCACGACGGAAAAUAUCGAUCGUGAAGGAAACACCGCAUGUGAAAUCACCUAGUCCACCGGCUACCAAGCCCACUAAUAUACUUUUGAUCAAAAACUUGGUUCGUCCUUUCACUCUGAAUCAAAUUAAAGAGCUUCUUUCACGUACUGGCACCAUCGUUGAAAAUGGCUUUUGGAUGGAUAGAAUUAAAUCUAAAUGUUUUGUAGAGUACUCAAACGAAGACCAGGCAUUCGAGACAAGGCAGGCUUUACACGGUGUAUCUUGGCCAGUUUCGAACCCGAAGAGACUUCAUGUCGAGUAUGCAACCAAAGACGACAUGGAAUUGGCGCGAGAAUUGUCAAAGGAUCAAUCAAUUCCAAGGAAAACGGAACCGCUUGUACCAACGGAUUCAUGGCAACAGGAUUGGAACCGAGAGGAAAAGACGAACACAAAGGUGAUGGUUGUACGGGAAUGGGACCUCGGCAAAGAAGAUGGACAACAACACAUGAAAGAGAAAGAGCGCGAAAAGAAAGAUCACGAUAAGAAGAGAAGACAGAGGAGUCGAAGUCCUGCGGUAGAAGCGCAUCUUCCAGCUCCAGCUCGUAAAUUUAAAAAGAAGGAAGACGAACCACCGCCGGCUAAGCUCUUAGAUGAUCUCUUUAGGAAAACAAAAGCUACCCCUUGCAUAUAUUGGUUACCACUUACAAAUGAGCAGAUUGUUGUAAAGGAGGAAAUGAGAAGGCAACACAUGGCGGAACAUGCGCGUAGAUUAGAAGAAAUGAGACGCGCAGAAAGGAACAACAGGGACGGGCGCCGCCGUCGCAGUCCAAGAAAAUAGUUCUUUAAUCGUCCAUUUUCGACAAACGUCGACAUUAACUAUCCAACAGAGUGGCGUAACUAUAAAACGAGCACGAUAGUGUUUGCAUCGUCUAGGAGACACGCAUCGUUGCGCGACAUUGCAAAUCGUGCAAACCCCUGGGAAUCGAAGAAUAAUUGAACAAAAAGUUCGCAAAACGAAACUGUCCGUAGAGAAAACCACUAAAUGAACUUAAUAAUUGUGAUUUUUGAAAACGCUGUCUUAGAAAAGAAAAAGGUAAAAAACUGAAAGAACAUCGAAGGUAGGCUAGUUGUUGAAAUCAACGACGAAAGCUGUCCACGAUGACGAGACUGUGGUUUACAAGUGGCAUGAAGAAAUCAACCUAAGUAACGAUGAGAGAAUUUUCUCUUCCCGGAUUGUUUCAUUCUCUCCUCUGCUUGUAGUGUAGCCUGACUUUCUUGAGUUUGACAUAUACUACCACAAAUUUGGUAGUAGAAUGUAAAGUUUUGGUGUUUCUCGGUUCUGCGUGGUGAACUCGCACAGCGGGAAACAUGUUUGUACAUAAAGUAUAAUUCGAUAUUCCGUAAUGUGACAUGUAAAAUUAUCAAUAAAUGUAAAACACUUUAGGAUAUAUACAAAACUACAUUUGCCGCUUACUUUUUACGAUAUCGCGCUUGGAAAAUUUGUUACUAAUCCUUGAAUAAGAUCAAAAGACCGAGGUUUACGAAAAAAAAAACAAUUUAUACAAAAAACGAGCAAAUUUCUUACAUUCAUCUUGUCGUUAUAUGGUUUCUUGGACACUACUCACAUUUUACACGUUGCAAAAUGUAAUUUGAAGGCACUAUUAGUAAACGAAUGUGCGUAAUCGUAAAAGAUAACAAGUCAAAAUCAUGUUUGUGGGCUUGGUCGCAAGUAAAGAGAAUAAUGUCUACGUAAACUUACUCGAUCUUUAUUUAUAUUAACAUUAUUAACGCUAACGUUGUAAUUGUUUUAAUUUACAAAAUUCACGAAUUACAAGAUGUGUGCAUGUCAGCUAUUAAUUAAAAAAUAUUUCACAGUCACAAAUACUAUUAGUAGAAAAAAAGAAUGAAAAGAGAACGAAACUUUCAAGUUCGCCAUUGGAAUUAAUGACCAGUUUGUACACUAUGUAUUUUUCUGCUAUUAAAUUAAACUUACUGACGUUACUUUCGAGAAAUACUUUUCCAUAUUUCAAAUUAAGACUUGGUAACAUAAUGUACACGUUUUAAUAUUUUUUUCACAAGUAUCACGCGAGGAAAUAAAUUUUUUUUUUACACCUACAAGCCACAGUUUAGAAAAGAAAUUAUAAUUCAUAACGUCUCUGAGACUCGAAGAAAUGUAUCCUUUGUGGUCCAUCGCAAUUUCUUCAUGCGACUGAGUUCGAUUUUAAAUAAUAUAUCUUCGAAUAGAGAUUCUACGCACGAUUGUAAAUGACUGUUCUGGCAUAUCACGAUACAUUCAGUUUACAAAAUAAUGCCAAAAGUACCAGACUACAAAGGAUUCAUUCUCAUGAACAUGGUAGAAAAUGUGUAUAUACGUUACAAUUACAAUUUAUAAUCCAGAAAUUUAUGAAAUACUUGGCGACUUGAAUACACGACAAAAAAUGUUUUCUUAUUUACAUUGUAGACUGGUAUUUUCAAUUACGCGCUUAUGAUAUACAAUAUCCUUAUCAAUUAGACGUUACAUCUGGAUUACAUAAUUCGUUUGUAACAUGUAUAAACGUAUCCUUGUAACUUUGAUACGUCUACCAUAUUAUCAAAAGGACUCGUACUUGAGAAUGUUUCAACGGUGAGACUGUAUCAAUCAAUUCAUACGUCGUUUUCAGGUAUCAAAGCAAAUGAUUAAUGAAAUUAAUUCGAGAUUUUUUAUGUACGUAUGUGGAAAAUUAAUCAUUUGCCGCAUCACGUUAUCCUACAAGUUUUAGAACGUAUAUGAAUUAAAACAAGCUUCUGUACAAAUGUUUGUUAAAUCGUCGCUUUUUAAUAUCUUAUAGGAACCUGUAAAGGAUAGUGAAUAGUAAUUUAAUCCUGAAUCAUACUAAUCAAAAUUUGAAGAGAUGAAGACAAAAUUGUUGACUUUCUUUAAAGUAAGAUACUCGUGCAUAAAAAGAGUUUAAUGGUCACACAACUAUCAUUCGUCUUUGUUAUAAUUUACUCAUAUCAUAUUCACUCUGUUUCAAUAAGUAUCACUUGCUGAUACAUUAAUCGACUUUGACGACGCUGUAAAUUUUGCGCACGAACCAAAAGCAGGCGAAGAAACCGAUCGAACCUGUUUAAUAAAUAAAUAAGGUAAUGUUUUGGUACUGAAAUCUACAUUUGUAUGAAAAAAAGGAUAAACAUUUUACCUGUCAGAAGGAAGAAUAAGUAAACCAUUAUGCAAGUAUAGCCAAAAUAGAGGAACGUAGACGUAGCGUCUUCUAUGUCCAGCUUAGUCAUGAAGAAAUGUAUACAGUAAACUAAUAAAUAAAAAGCAGUAAAGCCGGAUGUCAGGAAACUACGCCACCACCAAUGGUAAUCCUGAAAAAAACAGUUCACGUUU